AUGCUGAACGAGCGCUCAGGAUCGGGCGCUGCGCUCGACAGCGCUGGAGGGGCGGAGUCCACUUCGCAAGAGCCGGCGAGUCCGUCCCCGUCUGGGGUUAUUCGAAGCAACUCAGGCGACACUGUGGAGAAGAACUGGGAGUCGAACACACAUGAAGAGCAGCCUUCGUUCCAGGCUGCCGCGGCAACUUGUGUCGUUCCAGACCACAACGGAGCACCGACUGCCGACCACGAGUAUUGCCCCGGCGAGACGCUGUUGGACAGCGCCGCCGCCUCAGAGUCUGCUUCCGCAGCUGUCGAGUUUGCGGCGUCCCAACUUGCAGACCCUCAGGACGCUUUGCCGGACCCUUCGUCUGCCUCUGUUCGAGCUCAAGAGAUGUCCCCUGGGUCAGAAGCGAUUCAGAUUGGAAGCCAAAGCUCCGCUGCGUUUGCUUCGCCUGCAGAAAGCCCCUCCAGUUCCCCGCGACGCUCCGCGUUCGCUUCACCCUCUGCUCACUCCUGUCAGGGGGGCGCGUCUUUUGAAUCAGAGGCUCAACUCUCACCACCACCGUUUCGAGUAGACUCCGCAGAGGCACGCGAGAGAACGCCCCAUCUCGCCAGCAGCCGGGUGUCUGCGCUCGACGCCAGUAUCGCUUCUCCCUCUGGUUCGCUUCCUCGCGCUUCUGAGCCUCUUCAAGACCCUGCAUGCGAUCGCGACUCGGACGUACACUCGCUGAUCUCUGUCGCGGCGCCUUCGGCUCCCUGCGACGCUGCAGGGGGGACCGGGCCUUCUCCCGAGUACUUUGAUAUCUACACUCCCGCCGGCGCUUCAAGACACGAAGAAGGCACCUCGCUUUCUCGUGGACCCGACUCUGUCCCCACUUCUCAGCGGGGUUCUCUUGUCUCCUCGUUCUCAGCUGGGGCGGCGCGGACCGGCGCGUCUCGCAGUUCUCUGACUUCCGUCUCCUCAGGCAAACUAGACCCGUCUCCUGUUUUCAAAGACCCAGUUCGCCAGUCACUCUCGUCUGUCUCUGACGUCUCCGACACCGCCGCGGUCUUCCUGAGUCACUUGCAGAGGGAGGGCGGCGAAAGAGAAGACUCAGCCGCCUCGGGAAGACACUCUUCGUGUAGAUACGGCCAGGACCGAAGGACUCCAGGCGAAAAGCUGGCGCAGACCUCGCGCCUCGCCUCCUGCGAGGGCAGCCUCCUUCAGCCGCUCCCGGGUGCGGCUUCAGACGCCGCAGCGACCGCGGGGACAAUCGUCCUCGCCCAGAAGGCCGAGAUUACCGCCUUUUUGGCGCGGAACAGACAAGACACGACAAGCCAGGAAGGGAGUGGAGACAACGUGAAAGAUGGCCCGUUUUCGCAGCUCUUGGCGGAGGCAGAUGCAGAGCUGCGCGUUGAGACACUCGAAGAAACCGAGUUGCUGGAGUCAGACGUGACCUUGGCACAGGGGGAGGAGAGUCACCACCAAAGCCUCGUACGGCAAGCGUACAAUCUUUUGUACGGGAAUCAAACGUCGAGCAGCGAGGAUGUCUCUGACGGGUCCACCAUCCGAGGCAGGAGACAGUCCGUCCCUGGGUUCUUCGGCUCGCAGGCCUCAGUCAGACUCCCCGUGGCGCGCCCGCGCGAGGCCUCUCUACCGCGAGCACGACGCGGAGGAGCUUUCUCGCCAUCCAGGGUAGACUGGAAAACCUUUUUAUCAAUGUCUCUCCGGGACGAGACAGAGACAGGCCUCUCCAGCCUCUUCGACAACGCGUUGGGGCGCUUUGACGCCCGCGAGAACUCGGCCCCAGAGACAGACAAGUUGUCAGGCGCUGACGGGGUCGACGCCGCCCAGGGGAAAAGAGACACUGUUCUUCUCUGCGACGAAGUCCAAGACAUCAUCGACGGGCUCUCUGGUCCUCAAAACGCGAGUGCAGACGCGGAUCAGCGUUUCAGAGGAGUUGAGAAAACUGACAACAACGCGGCCUCGCUGCUCUCGGAGGAGGUGCGAAGUCUGAAGUCUCUCGGGUAUGGACAGAUCGCCUACUCCAGAGAAGAGUUCUCCUACGGCGAGGCGUCGCUCCAGAGUCCAGAUCGCGACCUGCGACUCGCUGUGGGGUUUGUCGCCCCACAUCUUCCUUCGCCUGCAGGGCCUGCCGUUUUUUCGGGUGCCUCCGGACAGACACUGCCGCCAGCGACCGAGGAGAGGGGAUCCGAGGCUCUGAGUCCUGCUCUCCGAGAGCGCAGGGGUCUGAUCCAAGGCGUUCCUGCGUCCGGAACUUUCUCAACUUCCCGCCCUCGGCCCUGUGCUAUUGGCUCUUGGACGAGUGUCGUGCCUGCUCCGGUCUUCUUCCCUCCAGCGAGCGACAUCGGACCCUCCGCCUCUGCCUCUCUGCUGCCUCGUCUUCUUCCUUCUCCCGCUUCUUCGUGUGCCACGGGCGCCCCCACGACUAAAGCUUCCCAAUUUGUGCUUCCUUCUCCCUCUUCCUCUGCCCGCCCCGCCGAGGCUCUGGCGAGAGUCUAUGGCGCGUCGCUCUCUCCCUUCAAAGGCGAGGUCAGGCCCGCGUCGCCGGCCUCGCUGAGUUCCUCCGAGUCGACCCAGAGCGACCCCUGCGUCUGGGGCGCAUGCGCCGACAGCUCCGGCGCCCUGUUUAUGAGUGAAGAGGAGACAGCGCAGCUGUGGAGAGAGGCCCAGUUCAGCAAUGCGCUGUUGGACUAUGUGUCGGCGGUUUUCAGACGAAUGGUGGAGUUCCGCGAACUCCUCGCCUCGCAGUCUGGGCGUGGACCCGGCGCCUUGUCUGCGGAGGAAGGGGAUCUUGUUGGAGAGAAGGAAAUCGCAGAUUUCUGGAUGACCUACGCGCCUCUCCAGCGAGAGCCGUACCUCCACGGAGUGGAGCCGCGCGCAACUUCUGCCUCGCCUGGCCCCGCUGUCGAGCUCCACCUGGACGCCGGGCGCCUCGCCAGGGUGCUUGCGGGUCCCGAGGGCCUCCUCGACCUCGUCCGCUUCACGCGCCUCCUCGCUCUGGUCGACGGGGACAUUCCCCACAGCCUGCAAAGUGCGGCGGGGCUCCUGCGUCUCCGCCUGAUUUUCCUUUUUUUCUCGGACCUCCCAAACGUCCGGGGCACCCUCGGCGAGCUCCCGCAUACAGCCGCGAACGACAAGCAAGAGCGAAGGCGACUCGUCCAGUGGCGCGAGUGGAACUGGCAAGGCUUCAGGCACACGCUGCUUCACACCCCCGCGGUUACCCAAGGCGGAGUCGCGGCUUGUCCGGAGUCUCUGCGAGCAGCUCUGGCCACUCUGGGAAAGCCCGGACACUCCGUGGCGACUUUUGCGGACUUCCACGCCUUGGUUGCCGGCCUGAUUGUUCGCGGAACCUCGCGUCUUUUCCGUAUCAAUCUCUUCUCCAUGCAAGAAGGCCCUGAAGGCCUCCUCCGUGUCCCGAGGUUCCCGCUCGACAGUCUCCCCUACCCCCCCCUCAUCGUGCGCAGGCGCGUCCUCUGCUGCACUGUCCCCACUUGCCCCUGCCAGUGGGGCGGGCCUUGCGCGACCGCGACCACAGUCGAGGCCCAGGAAACAGGAGACGCUCUGAAGGUGGUGGCACGGGGAUCUGUUUCUUGGGUCACAAAGCCUCAUGCUGGCGAAACGUCACCGGAAACCGUGUUGCAAGUCAAGUCUCUCGGCCUCCCUACUCCCGCUCAGAGUGUACCGACUGUCGCUGCUGUCUCGCCCUCGGCGCAGGGCUCCUAUCUUCGCCUGGUUGGCGGCGCCUUCCCGCCGGUGGCUCCCCCCUCGAAAUCGGAGGAAGCUCUGCCCCACAGCCUUCCUGGAGCCCCCGCCUCUCCGCUCUACAUUGCGGACCCUGCUCAGGUGUCUCCUCAGACUCCUGGUGCCCCCGAGGAGAUCGGACCGAAGGCUCUGGGGACGCUGCGAGUCGCGCCCUCGGCGAGUCUCACGCGGCCUGCUGUCUCCAUGGCUUCGAAACUUCCAGUCAGAGUCGCGGGCGCGACCUCUGUUGGCGUGCGACCGAGUUUCGUUUCUCCUAUGUCCGGUCGCGAUGGCGGUCAGCAACAGCUGGCCGGUGGGACGCCUCUCCACCCUGCUUUCUACUCUUCCAGGGGCAUCUCUGGGCCGCUGGAGAGCGAACGAGAGGGCAAAGAGACUGUGCCGGUUUUGCUGCAUGCGCCGAAUCUUCUCCUGCCUUUUCCCUCUCAGCCCGUUCAAUCGGGUGUCCCCGCCUCUUCCCUCAUGCAUCCUCAGUCUCUGCCCUUCGCCUGUGGUCGCCCCUCGGGGACUCCAGAAGGCCUCGCAUCGCCUGCCGUUCCUGGGCAAGCCUCGAAUCCGGGGCUCGCGUACGCUGGCGAGGUUUCACCGACGUGUGUUCUCUCCCAUCAGGCCAUCAAGAAGGAAGAUUCAAGGGCAGACGCGGUCUCGGUUUUUCCUGCCCCAGCAGGCCCGGUCCAGGAGACAAGAGUUCCGUUCCUAAUUCAAAACCACUACACUCCCCUCUCGUGGAGGGGCCUCUCUUCCCCGGCGGGUGUUCUCCCUGGUGUGUCAGACUCGGAAAUUCGCCCACAACUGCAGUACCUUCCGCCACAGCCUAAAGUCUCCUUUUUCUCACCUUCUCCAGUUGCGAGUUCUCACACUGUGAGAAGUGACAGUCGGCCGUUGGGCUCUGCAGCCGCGGCCGGAGAGGGCGCAGCGGAACUUCAGGGCCUUCCGGCGCGGGCGCGAGUCGUUGCCGAAGUUUCCUAUGAGGCCCGGCACAAGGAUCUCUUCGAUCGGAUACCGCUUAUGGCGACGGACUUCGCAAAUCUCCCCGUCCUCGACGUUCGCCAGAUAGGCGGCGAAGAGAGCGACGGCUUGUUGAGACAGGCCAGGGCAGCAGAGGCGGUCGACGCCCGAGGCCUGCAGGAGGCGGGACUCCUCGGAAAACAGAUAAGACAUGCACAUCGAGAAAGCAACCCCAGCUCGCGGCCUCCUUUGCAUGUUCCUGUCUCGUCUCCUUCUUCCUUCGCGUCUUCUUCUUUUUCUUCUUUCGUCAUCCCAGGUCGAGUGGCAAAUCCAGACAUCGGAGGUGCCCGGCGUCUGCCGGCUGCCGUCGGGAGCCUCGUGAUUGCCGCGGGUCCGGUCCCGCCCCCCAUCUCGCGUUCGUCGUUUCUUGUUCCUUCGCUCCUACCGCAGCCGAGAGGCCACAGUGAACGGCGCGUGUCUUCCUGCGCCCCGCCACUCGCGGAGGGCCUCUCUGUCGCAGAGGCAGAGCCGGGAGCCGGAAGAAGCCGCAGUCGGAACACAGAGCGCUGUCUCCGGCGCUCAGAGACACCCGCUGUGGAGAGGUCGGAGGGGCUCUCUGUCGCAGAGAACGCCCGAAAGGGUGCGAACGGACUCUCCCGCUUCUCUGCUUCCCGAGAUGUCCUCAACUGCGACGCCCGCUCCUUCACCCCGCCUUCGUGCUCGGAUGGCGGACCACUUGCCCCGCCGUGUUUAGCCUCUCCGGAGGCGCAUUCGCCGGUGCAUGCACAUCGCCCUCGAGCCAUCUGGAUGCGGGAGGAGAGGAGAAGAAUCGAACAGGAGGAAGCCCAUCCGCUGGCUUUGCCGCACAUGCGGUCCCCAGAAGCCGGAGACGCCCGGCGACGCUCGGAGCGUCCACAAGAGAAGGCUCGCGAGAGACUCUCCGACCCUCACCAGGCUGGCGAGAGCGAAGGGACGACGGCGGAUGAGGCGGCACCGGAAGCUCGCGCCGCCACAACGCUCACUUCAAAUCCUGUGGCGAUUCUGUCGAACGAAGAAGUCGAGGGCUUGCAGCGCGGCCUCCGUUUGGCAAGUUUCGAGAGGUACUGCGUUCUCCAGCGGCUGGCUCAGACUGCGGACGGACGUGGAGAGACAUCCGAAGUCAGUGGAGAGAAGACGCCCCCGGCUGAGCCGCUGUUUGUCCAGUACGAACUGAGCCGCGUGGAGCGCGACUUCGCGGAGGCGAUCUUCGCGCCGUUCCUCUACACGUUCUGCUUCCUCCUCGAGAAACAAGCCAAGCGUCAGUCGCAAGCGCCGCCCUCGCCAAACACCGGCGCGGCGCCGGUCUCGCCGCUGGGGGCCCUUCGCGUGUUGCAAGAUACGUUUUCUCUCCUGACGAAACGCGACAUGUUCUGCUCUUCUUCGCUCGUCUGCAAAGACGCUCUGGACCUUGCGGCCGAGGUCGCAUGCGUCCUCUGUCCGGCGCCCUUCAGACCCGGCAGAGUCAUCGCCUUCGUCUGCUGUCUCCACUGGCUGCGAGAGCGCGGCCUCCACCUGCGGCGCCUCCAGGAAGGCCCUCAGGCACCGGAAGAGGCGUUCGACUGCUACAGCCUCCUGCCCCUUCUGCCCUUUUCCGUCGGAGACCGCUUGGAGCCCAACGAGGUCGCACACGUCGUGGGACCCUCCAUCCGGGCGAUCAUGGGCCAGAUGGAGACAGGUUUCAACGCUCUUCUCUCUGGCGAGCGCGAGAGAGAAGACACCGAACGGGAGCCUCGUCCGGCGCGGCCCGCCGAAGGCAACGCCAACGCCGCAGAGAGCGCCGCGAGUCACCCCGGGGGCGAGAGCCGGGAGUCUCAGGAACCGCAGGCAGACGCUGCGUCGGUUGGAGGUCCGGAGCCAGAGCCCACAGGUGUGAACGGAUUCAGCAAAGCUACCAGUUUGUCGAAGGAAGAGGAACUCGAGAGGAGAAUGGCAACGCGAACCACUGCGGGAGAUGCUCGAGGAUGGAGUUGCGUGAGCUUCCAAUCUGUGUCGGCUUCUAACGUCGGGGAUUUUGGCGUUGCAUGCGAUGAAGGCUCACACUCUUCCACUUCUCAGCAAGUGUCUGGCUAUCCAUUGGAAAAUCCAGUCUUUCCUCUCCCGGGAAAAGAGGACCCUGACUCUGUCGCCUCGGUCGCGUCGGGCCUCAUCGCGCUUCCUCCAGGUGGGGCUCGAGCCCCCAUGCGCAUGCAGAAGAACGGGGCACUCGCGGCCGCGACUCGCGCAGCCUUCUCAGCGGGAGGCGCGACUCUGCGGGUGUUGCCCAAGACCCUGCAGAGCGCGGGAGAGAAGGACGGAGACAGGAGCCUCGGCGUCUCCCUUUCGAGCGCUGAGAGCUUGCAAGAGCCGCGACCGCGGUCGAGAGGAGGCGAGCCGACUUUCACAGGCGCGACAGCUCUGGGCGCAGUUUGUGCGUCUGAACAAACCGCGGGGUGCGGACUCUCCGAGGUUCCGAAGGAGAGAGAAUUCGAGUUGAAGGACCUGGGAGAAGGGAGACCCAGCUUCGCUGGAGGCCCCGGAGACAGCGACGGGAGACCUGCGCGAGACGCCUUCUCGAGUCGGGGCAGAAGGGGUCACCUGCCCACGCCGAAGCCUGUUCUCCCGGAUCUCGGUGUACAAACAGCCUUGGGCGAACGCGGAUGCUAUUCGGGCAAGGCGGGGCCCCGAGUGUCGAGUGCGACUCGCAGCGUUUCGAGCGAGAGUUUUGUGGCGGCCGCUGCGGUGCAACCAGACGGCCGGACUUGGGGUCCACACUUGGAGCAUCCUUCCCGACGGCAAGGACCCUCAACUCCCUUCGAAGUUCUUCCUGAACUCCACCCUUCCGACAGGCUCCCGCGAAGCCGUCGCCCGACGGUCGUUGCUUCGCAAACGCUGAGUGUGCCGACCCCCGCGACCGCAGGUGUCUCUCCUGGCUGUCACCCCAGUCUGCCUCCAUCUGAGGCGCGUCACGGUCUUUUCCCCGAGGGCCCCGAAGGAGACAGAGGAGACUUUAGGUCGCGCUGCUUCGCGGCUGGCGAGAACGAAGAGGAGGACUUCUCAGCUGAUGUGGGGUUUCCGAGUGGCGGGGACGAGGUGCAUCUCCCGCGGCACAUGCAUCCGCCUCUGACGGGAGCAAGGCCCUCGCGCUCUUUGCUCUCGGACUCUCUGGGGUCUCUCGUCGAGGACAUCGUCACAACGCCUCCACUCGUUUUCUCGGGAUUUACGACUCCGCGGGAAGCCUGUCCGGAGCAGGCGAGACUCAAGGAGGAGGCGAGGCGUAGGGUGAAAUUAAGCAACGUUCCACCUCCUCCCACACCUGCUGAGGCGAAACAAACGAGCUUUCUGUCCCCAGAGACAGAGGGCCAGGCCCACCGCGGCGCGGCGCUCUUCUCGCCUCCGACCGUCGUCGCUGCCGUUGCCGGGGUCUCCUCGGAUCUCGGGGCCUCGAGAAAGCUUCCGGCGGAGCCGCAGCGCAGUUCGUUGCCUCUGAGGCGGUCUCCGAGCCUCGUGUUCCCGGUGUCUCCUCGUGCAGAGGCCGGCGCGCCUGUCUAUCCGUCCGUGACGGAAAAGCAGACAGGUGGGUACCGAGGCGAGAACGAUCCCGCGGGGGCUGUGGGUCUCGAGUGGAGGCAGCAACAGGGGCCUUUUGAGGGCAAAAAGACACAGGCGGGGAGUCCUGAGGGAGACUCGACUUCUUCCCGGAUUGUCUCACCUCUGGAAGAGCUGUUGAUGGCCGGGAGAGAGACAUUCUUCUCACCUGCGGCGCCCCCCACAGACGCCGCACCCGAGAGUCAAGUUCCAGGCUUCGAGGGCGGACAGCUCAGCAAGCGAGAAGGGCCAGAGAGUGGGCGAGGCGAUUUGAAUUUGUCGCCUCCUUGUUCUCCCUCGGCUCUGUCCAACAGCUUGGCGGAGUUCUUCAUCGGACGGAAACGAUCAACGCAUGCAGACUGCUCGCCUGCGUCCCCACCCCGGCCGUUCUCGCCGCCCUUCUGCGACCCAGGCAUCCGAGAUGGAGACGCAAACGACCUCAGCAAAGACGCAAGCCUUCCGCAUUCCUUCUCUUCUCUUCAGAAGCUGUCGGAGGCGGACCUGCUGGAGCUGAAUGAGAGCCGCGCUGACUGGAGCGCAGAGGCAAGCCGGCCGCGCGACGGUCUGUCCACCCCACUGGGUGACUCUGAGAAGAAGAACGCAGAAGCUGCGAGAUCUCUCACGUCUCCGACACUGGCCGCCGCGCCUUUCAGCCUCCUCCUCUCUCGACACGGUUCGCGUCCUCUCUCGACGAAUCGCCUCAGUUCGUCCUGCUCUUCUCUCGAGGCUCUGUCGGACCUGCCAUCAUCCGGCCGCGUCUCUCUCUCCUCGUCUGUCCGGCAGCAUUCCGAGAUCGCGGGAUCCAAACCCCGAGAGCUUGAUGCGCGCCCAAUUGAGAACUCCGCGGGAGGAACUGGAUGCGAAGGAUCUGUCUCUGCAGAGACACCCGAGGCGCCGCGUCGCACGAGUUAUCUUGAGGGAGAAGAAGAGCCUGUCUCUUCUUUUUGCGAGACCCGAUCCGAGCGUCUUUCAGGCAGCCAGAAGGCGCUGGAGGCAGGGCCAGGAGCCAUCGAAGACGCGGCUGUGGCCAUCGCGCAUGCAGCGGCCGCGCGGGCCUUCAGAGCUGCUCAGGAGAACGAAACUGCUCAGUGUUUGGAGGCAGGUCGCAUGGCCGUUGCGGUUGCCGCCGCCGCGGCUGCGGCGGGAGGCACGCGCCGCUUGGAGAAACGCGAGUCGUCGCUGGGAGUCCCGAGGAGACAGUCUUCGUCAGGCCUCUCUGCGAGCCGAGGGGACAGCCGAGAAGAGCAGGAGGGAGGGCGACGACGCAUGCAAGAGACGCCGUCGUUCUGGAAGAGACGCGGCCUCGCUGCUGCCUUUGCAGCCGCAGCCGUCGCCGAGGCCCGAGCGGAGAGAAGGACCCAGGAGGAGAAAAGAGCGAAGAGAGACGAUGUCCGGAGUCGAAGAGAAGUAGCAGAUCUCGAACGCGAAGUCUCCCGAGAAGCUUCCGAGGAAGUCACGACAGCUGUCGCAAGCGCCAACCUCAGUGUCGGUUUGGGAGGUUCCAACGGGGCGCAGGCUCGCUGUGGCGCGCGCCGGAGCUCUGCAUGCGACGAGCCAGGGAAGAAUGAGGUUCUUAGACACACCGCGAAUGGACGGAACGGCGAGAGGGGGGACAAACGCGUCGGUCACCCCCAGUCUUCUCGGUCUCACUCGUCGCUUCUUUCGGGACUCGCAGAUGAAGGAGAUGGAGAGAAGGCUUGCGCCGCAGAGUUUCCGGAUGCCUUCGACGGCAACGGGGGGGAAGCCUCCAGGGAGCUUGCCGAUUUGGCUGUCGAGACACCCGAGGGCAAGAGAAGAGAAGAACCUGAGAAAGCGUUCCGGAGGGGCUCUGGGUCGAGUGGAGAAGCUCACAGAGGAAGCAGCUGGGAAGAGGGAGAGGAAAAUGGUGAUCCGCAUUUCGGCAGACACUCGAGAAACUGGACUGCCUCGGCAGAUGACGCCCGUGAGGGCGAGGACUCUGCUUCGCUCGAGCAAGUGCAGGGUCCUCAGCCGGCCUCUCUUGAAGGCUGCGAAGCAAGGUCCGAUAGCGAAUAUGAGAACGCCUACAGAAACGGCGUUCCUGCCUCUCUUGCAAAUGAAAUCUAAGAGGUGCGAAGCGCGAAAAGAGCGAAGGGAAACAUGGCCUACGAGUUUAUCUUUCUUAUGCAGAUCGGUUCGAGGCCGGAUGCGGCGGUCCAUUUCCGUGUCUGUCUCGGCUUGUGA